AUGCCACGUCUGGCCUUUUUAUAUCUAGCAGUGACAUUGCUAUCCUUCGGGACCCUGCAAAGUAAUGCCAUUCCCCUAAAGCCUGUGAGAGAAGUGGCCAGUGAAUUCAUAAUUUUACACAACAAUGAUAUGCAUUCUCGAUUUGAGCAGACCAGCGCCAAUAGUGGAAAAUGUACAGAGGAAUUGGCUGCCGCCAAUAAGUGUUAUGGUGGUUUUGCACGUGUGGCACAUGAUGUGCGCAAAUACCGUGAAGAAGCCAAGAAUGGUGGCACCGCCGUGGCUUACCUAAAUGCCGGCGAUACUUCAGCUGGUACAGCUUGGUAUUUUAAAUUUAAGGAUGAAAUAGCCACAGCUUUUCUAAACAAAUUGCUACCCGAUGCAGCUUCUUUGGGAAAUCAUGAAUUUGAUGCUGGUCUCCCUGGUUUAUUUCCAUUCCUGGACAAAGUCGAAUUUCCCAUUGUGGCAGCCAAUUUGGAUUUAUCGAGUACCCCCAAAUUAAGGCAUUCCAAACAUUUGCAUAAUUCUACUGUCUUGCAGCUGGAUGGUGCUAAAGUAGGGGUCAUAGGAUAUAUAACGCCGGAAACUUUGGAUUUGACCUUGACCAAGGAGGCUAUAUUUACUGAUGAAAUUGAAGCUAUAAAUCGUGAAGCUGAUAAUCUUAAGGCACAGGGCAUUAACAUCAUCAUAGCCUUGGGUCAUUCGGGUUAUCAAAAGGAUCAAGAAAUUGCUGCCAAAUGUCCUGAGGUGGAUUUGGUUAUUGGUGGCCAUACCAAUACCUUUCUGUAUAAUACAGAACAACCAGAUAGUGAGACAAUUGAUGGCCCCUAUCCCACUGUGGUCAAUCAGACCAGUGGUAAACAAGUGCCUGUGGUGCAGGCUUAUGCCUAUACCAAAUAUUUGGGAAAAUUACAUAUGCAGUUCGAUAAAGAUGGCAACCUUAUCAAAUUUGAUGGUAAACCCAUUUUGUUAAAUGUCGAUAUUCCCCGAGAUGAUGAUGUGCUCCAACUGCUGGAAGUAUAUCGACCUGAGGUGGCCAAGCUGGAGAAUGAUGUGGUGGGUCAUACCAAGGUUCAUAUCGAGGGUCGCCCAGAGAUUUGUUGGACCCAAGAAUGUAAUUUGGGAAACUUGGUCACAGAUGCCAUUGUUCAUUCCCGAGUUUUGGAAGAUUUGGGGGGAACUUAUUGGACAGAUGCUGCCAUAGCAUUUGUGCAAGGGGGAGGCAUGCGCAAUUCCUUUGAGCCUCGUUCCGAUGGUUCCAUAUCCGCACAGGAUGUCGCUGGCAUUAUGUCGCACAACAAUGAUUUGUAUGUAACUAAAAUUACUGGCAAAACCAUUUUGGGGGCUCUUGAACAUUCGGCUACUAUGUUUGAGAAAGAAUCCAGUGCUGGUUUUCUGCAAAUGUCCGGUAUCCGCACCACAUAUGAUUACAACAAACCUGCCGGACAUCGUGUUGUCUCCGUUGAAAUUCGUUGUGCCGCCUGUACUCUGCCCGUUUUUGAACCCCUAGAAGAAGAGAAACACUAUAAUGUAAUUGUCUCAUAUUUCCUUUUGCAUGGCGGUGAUGGACACAAGUUCAUGGAGGAAGAUGGUGGUAGUAGUGAGGCACAGCGUUUAAAGAAUAAGGAAGUUGAUGCUUUGGUUGGAUAUUUAAGAAGUCAUGAUUUCAUCUACCCAGGAAUUGAGAGCAGAAUUACCAUUAUUCAAAAAACAGAAGAAGUGAAACAAAAAGAAAAUGAGAUAGCUCUGUAAAAGAUUCAAACAAAAAGGAAAUAAAUUUUGGAGGAGAA